AUGCCCAUUCCGGUCACUUACGUUGCGCCUCCGCCGCUCAUCAGAGCCAUUCUUGGUCCGGAUGCCAGGGGCUUGACCCUCGACGGGCUCCGGCGGGAGGAUUUCAAUGACCGCGCUGUCCCGUUGGAGACGAGGCAGGCAGACAAGUCUGUGCUCGAGUCGGCGCAGACUUACGUCAAGAGCAGCACUCGGACGGACAUCGAGGCGCAGACACGACUGUCGGACAUUGCAUCCCGGCUUACUCUGCUCGCGGCCGACCGCCAGAGCUACCUGGGGCUGAAGGAUGAGGCAGCCUCCGACACUGUCGGCGACGACCGGUACAAGACGGACACUCUGAACGCUUUCCGGAAGUACGCCCGAGAGAAUGGCCGGGAGAAACACGACUUGACCACAUGCCAGUCGACCAUCCAGGCGGAGAUCACAGCUCGGGAGCUGGAGAGGGCCACAGUUUCGACCAGUGGCGAGACCGCGGCGGAUGACGAGCCGCACGGAGGAGACGAGACGGGCGAGACGGUCAUUGACAUCACCCAGCUCCAGGGUCUCACCGACCGCGAGUUGCAUUGCGAUCCACGCCCCGAGCUCGGCCCCAGCGUCGAGUGGCGCAUGCGUACCCGCUUCAAUGCUGACACUGCGCCGUUCGAAAAGACGCUGGGAAACAAGUCUGUGCUCGAGGCGGCUCGACUUUCCAGCCAGAGCAGCGCGCCGAAGGGCAGCAUUCUGUCGGAGAUCAGGUCCCGGCUCACCCAGCUCGAUGAUGUUUAUGAGAAGUACACGGCGCGGAUGGACGUGGCGCGGCGGAUGCCCUAUUAUGUCGACAACUACCUCUGGCGGGAAAUAGUCGAUGCUUGGACAGCGUUCGGCGAGACGUUUGACGAGGAGAGGAGCGAGUUGACCGAUCUCGAGAAGAGCAUCAAGGAUAAGAUCGCAGCUGCUGAGAAGCCGAGAGGGUGGCGAGACCUCCUCCACCUGGGCCUGAGCCGUCGACACCGUGGCGAUUCUACUCAAGGCGAGUGA